AUGUUUCCAGCACAUGCCCACCCAAUGAGAGAAAGGCUGGGAACAGGAAAGGUGAACGCAAGCAAACUGCACUUUCCUCUCAGGAACCCCAAGCUAUCUCGAAAAUCAAGAGCAAACAAGAAUCCAACGCACUGGGGGCUUCUGGCAGACGCAGGAGCUGUGAAUCCUGGUCUUCCUCAGGGUUGGACGGAAAUGAAGGAUCCGAUCACGCAUCAAUCCUACUACUACAACGCGGAUAACAGCGUGGCAACUUGGACAAUCCCUCAACCUGAUAUGAUUUCUACCAUCAAAGAGUGCAAAGAUAACGACAUCCACACUUCUUACACGAGCUGUGAUGAGUCAACCUCGACGAGGUCUCUGACGUACUUCUAUUCCGCUCUUUGCAAGAAAGGAAAGGCACUCCCUCCUACAGUUGUUAAUCUCCCGUGCAACAUCACAUGCAACGCCGGACAAUACCUGCCACUGGGCAAGCCCACUUGUUCACCGUGCGAACCCGGUACCUACUCUAUUGGUGGAGGAGAAAAGUACAUGAACUGGGAAUCUUUCCCUCCUGGGUUUUCCACCAGCUGCAAAUUUCAGUUGGAAGCAGACAACGACCAAACCUGCAAUGGGUGGGUUUUGAAUGGUACAUAUAUUCAUUCCGGGGAGCUCCGCGGAAAGCGUCUUGUUGAUUCAACCCUGACAAUGAAAGUGGAGCUCAUAAGAAGUGGAUCUGUCACGUUCGAGUAUAAGGUUGAUGCUGAACGCCGCUGGGAUGGUCUAUACUUCGCGGUGGAUGGCGAGACAGUGAUGCAAAUGGAUUCCUACGAAUUCAAGUACACCCAGUUCACCUGGCCACUUGCAGCUGGGCUGCACACUUUGCAAUGGGUUAUUGGAAUGCAAUACAACACGGAAACUUGCUCAGUCUGCCCAAAGGGACACUACAGCCCCCCUGGAAGUGCUGAGUGCCUUAAGUGUCCAGUCAAUACAUAUGCUGACAAAUCCGGGACGGCUUCUUGCUUGCCGUGUAAUCCAGUUGGAGGCCAUGACUCUGCUAAAUACUCACUUCCCGGAGCUGUCCAGUGCAAGCCCGCCAAGCCCUGUGUGGAGACCGACAUUUUGGUCACCUAUAGUGAAUGCAAUAAUGGAAAGCGUACGAAGCAUGAGUCUUACGUGGAGCCUAAGAUAUGCAGUGGUGGUGUCCAACCUAAGCCAGACAAGGAGGUCGAGUGUUCUCCAUGUGAUAGGGGAGAAUAUCGCCAGGGAGCUGUGUGCAAUUACUGCCCAGCGGGCAAGUACAAUCCCAAUCCAACAAGGAGUGGAAUCGAUGUCUGCAAAUCAUGUCCUAAAGGCUUUGUUGCAUUGAAGCUACGAUAUUACGACCAGCAAUUCACCCCUGCGAUGUUCAAACGCUACCUUGAAAGAGGAGAAAUGCAAACGGGUUGCGCGAAUGGCUUUUGUGCACAGAAUGGCUGGCGAGCGCUGGGAUCUAGUUUAGACACUGGGGUUGGCAAUGGAGAUGUUGCAGAUAUUUGGCUUUCAGUGCGUGUUGUGUUAGAGACUACAGGGCAGGUGUUCUUCAACUACAGGCUACCAGUGGAUUUGAGAGUCGCUUCACAUUCGCUGCUGAUGUCGAUCGUAUGUGAUGGGCUAGAGGGGAAGCUUAGAUGGAUUUCAGAACGCGAGUACUCGUGGAUGGAAGGCGAUGCCAACUCGCAGGCUGCAAAAGAGGACAGGGCAGUGAUCGAUUCUAUUGUGGUCACUGGCGUCCAAGACGGCGGAGCCAUUGAAUGUGUCGCUUGUCCGCCCGGCUUUGUGUCAGAUGAGCAGGCCUCCAUCUGUGCACCUUGUCCCCCUGGGCAAUUCGCUGCGGGCGGAGGAUCCUCGUGUGCACCUUGUACAGCGGGAACUUUCACUGCCACUCCAGGAUCGAGCUCCUGCAGAUUGUGUGGGCAUGGAACCUUCAGCCACAUCGGCGCCGCUUCCUGCGAUGUCUCACCAACUAACUGCCGGUACACGGUUGAUGACGAGACCAUCUACGACCUUGGAGAAUUAGCGCGAGUUGGAAAGCCAAUGUGGGGGCCAGUGGUGGACAGCAACAACAGCAUGAACUAUUACAUCAACAUUUGUAGUCAAAGCCAUGCGAAUGGAACUUGCGCGGGGAGAGGAGGAGACGCUGCCAGAUCAUUUGCUUGUCAAGAGAGCACGCUCUUCGACGAUUUCAAUGACAAUGCUUUUGCUGUGAGUCGACUUCAUGUGUUACAAUCUGAUCAAGUUCCUGACUGCAACGAUAGCCUCGGUGAUACCAUGGCAUUUUACACCCUACCGCAACGACCUCGCAAUGGGUUAAUGGUUUCUAUACAGGGUGGAGAAAAGUGUUGGAAUGGAGGCACACGAUCGUUGAACAUCACGAUGUACUGCGACCCUGAAGCUGGACCUGGCUUUCCAUCUCUCAUUCCUGGAAUGCCAGUCGAACAGAAGAAAUGUGGAUAUGCUUUGCAAUGGCGAUCGCAGUAUGCUUGUCCUUUGUGCACAAAUGAAGACAUGCGAACACUGCCUGGGGAAUGCUCAGUCACUGGAAAGAGACCAGUGCACAUGGUGUGGAAAGAACCCAAGGUUUGUCAUGGUGGACUGGAUCUCCCUGAAGUGAUCUACGAAGAUUGUCAAGCUGUCUUGCUUGACAAGUCAAAGGUGACAAUGAUCAUCGUAUCGGGGGUCUCGGUGUUUGGAAUCCUCUUAACAGGAUUGAUAUAUCUAUACUUCCGCAACAGGAAGAUAUAUAGGGAGUACAGCGUGUUGAAGGAACAGAACGAAGCAGAGAUCGAAUUGGACAGAAUGGCUGGUUUCUCACUGGACGAAGAUCACUGA